GAGCGCUAAGUCCAGAUGGGGGCGAUGUCCGCUUUAUCAUUAGACCAGAGUAAAGUCCCAGAGCUCUGCAAGCGUGCAGGACUACAGAUGUGAAACCAUUCAAAGAUACAAACAACUGAUUUAGCACACAUUACCUCCUAUCUUUCCUCUUUAACGGACAUAAAUAUGAAAACAUGGUAGUUAAAACGAGAAAACCAAACGCCAAGGACCAAAGCAGCGAGAAAGACAGGAGUCAAUCCGUGUCUGGCAAAAACAGGCGUGGAAAAGAUGGCAAAGGCUCGGCUAACCAGAGUAAAAACGGACUCUUUACUGGGUUCAUAAGAAACAAACUGGGCUUGAGUCCGUCCGGCUUCGUAAGAGGAAUAACGGUGUUGAUUCUCGCUUUUAUUGUGGGAUUUUUACACUGGUAUCAUCUCUCAUAUCUAUUUGAAAAUGACAGACACUUUUCACACAUGUCAUCACUGGAGAAGGAAAUGGCUUUUCGAACGGAGAUGGGGCUGUAUUAUUCAUAUUUCAAAACCAUCAUUGAGGCUCCUUCUUUCAUGGAUGGUCUUUACAUGAUUAUGAACGACAGACUCACUGAAUACCCUCUGGUGAUAAACACUUUAAAAAGAUUCAACUUGUACCCUGAGGUGGUCUUGGCCAGCUGGUACAGAGCAUACACUAGCACAAUGAAUGUGUUUGGAGUCCCUACCAAGUUGUGUUGGACCAUCAACAGAGGGGAAGGGCUCGAUCCUGUGGAGAGUUGUGAAGGUUUGGGGGACCCUGCCUAUUUUUAUGUCACUUUUGUGUUCCUCCUAAAUGGGGCAAUGAUGAGCCUGUUCUUCAUUUAUGGAACAUAUCUGAGUGGUAGUCGACUGGGUGGCACCGUGACCGUUUUGAGUUUCUUCUUUAACCAUGGGGAGAGCACGCGAGUCAUGUGGACUCCUCCCCUCAGAGAGAGCUUCUCCUAUCCCUUCCUGGUUCUCCAGAUGCUUCUCCUCACACACAUUAUACGGACAAGGAACCCAUGCAAAAAUACUAUGAUGGCUUUGGGUAUCUCCAAUGUGUUGUUCAUGUUACCCUGGCAGUUUGCUCAGUUUGUAUUACUUACCCAGGUUGCCUCCCUUUUUGUUACGUACAUCCUGGGUUAUCUGAGCCCUGCGAAAAUGCAGUCCCUCAUAGUCACACACAUGAUCUCAUUAGGCGUCUGUUUCCUUUUGAUGUUUGGGAAUUCAAUGCUGCUGACGUCCUUCUAUGCAUCUUCACUGGUGUCUAUCUGGGGCAUUAUUUCUCUCAGAGACAGUUUUGUGGCUACAUUUAAACCCGGACUCUUUACGUGGAUCAUGCAGUGCCUCGCAUGGGUGGUCUCCACCGUCAUCCUGAAGUUCAUGCUCUCUGUGAUUUUGGGGGCAUCGGAUGAUGCUCAUAUCAGCAGUCUGAUCAAAUCCAAGUUCACAAGCUACAAAGACUUUGACACAAUGAUGUACACAUGUGCAGCAGAGUUCGACUUCAUUGAAGCAGAGACUCUUUUCCGAUAUGUCAAAACCUUGCUGCUUCCAGUUAACCUGGUGAUUGUGGGAUUCAUCGCUGGAUGGACUAUACAAGACCUCAUUCUGUUUCUCAGAAACAAAAGGACAGCCAAGUCAGAAGAUGAUGAAACAGAGCAGACUCGGGUCUUGGCAAAGGGCGUGCUGGUGUAUCACAGUCUGCAGCUGUUGGCGUUUGCAGUGUUGGCUGUGCUCAUCAUGAGACUGAAGCUCUUCCUCACUCCUCACAUGUGUAUCAUGUCCUGUUUAAUCUGCUCCAGACAGGUGUUUGGCUGGCUAGGAGAGAAGUUUAAACACCAGAUGAUAGUUGUUGGAAUAUUGUCCAUGAUGACGGUUCAAGGAGUCUCCAACCUUCAGAGUCAAUGGGGCAUUAUUGGAGAAUUCAGUAACUUUCCGCAAGAAGAACUUCUGGAGUGGAUCAAGGAGAACACGAGCCCUAAUGCUGUGUUUGCCGGUGCCAUGCCCACCAUGGCAAGUGUAAAACUGUCCACUGGCAGAGCCAUCGUCAAUCACCCACAUUAUGAGGAUGCAGGAUUAAGAGAACGAACAAAGAUGGUAUAUGCCAUGUACAGCCGAAAGCCAGCUGAGGUAGUAAAGAGGAAUCUGAUAAAGCUUCAUGUGGAUUACUUCAUCCUAGAGGACUCGUGGUGCACAAGACGAACCAAGCCUGGUUGCAGUAUGCCUGAGAUCUGGGAUGUGGAGGACCCACAAAACGCAGGAAAAGUGCCACUUUGUACCCUGAUGUCGAAGGAUUCUCGUCCGCAUUUCCCCACCGUCUAUUACAACAGCAUUUACAAAGUCCUUCGAGUUCCCAAAACAAUGAAGGAUAUCAGAUAACAGCUGUUUAUUCGUUCAAAAAGUAUUUGAACCUACUGUUUUUGCGGUCUUUGAUACGUGCGUGUGUGUGUGUGUAUAUAUACAAGCAGCGAUUAUUUUUGUAAAGGUCAAUCCUGUUUUUCUUGAGACCUGCUAGUAUCGGUUUUAUUUUGAUAAGAUAUAACAGAUGUUUAAACUGUGGUGAAUCUGAUCGUUCACUGCAGAUCAUCGGUCAGUAUUGGAUAUACACACUUUCCUUGACCAUCUGCUUGAAAUGUAAGUAUUUAUUUUGUUAGGACGACUGUGAUCUUUGACAUCCUUGAUGCUGCUGUUUGUCAGUUUCAUGUGUCUUUCAUAGGAGAAAAGAUUUCAUCGUUUACAAUAAUCGUCUAGCUUGUACUCAUGCAUUUUAGGCCUGACCUGUGGAUAUUUUUAAAUCUUUGGAGCCCUUUUAUGGUUAAAGUAAAAAAAAUCAUUUUUGGCUAAUUCUGUCAUACCGAAGUGACCUACAGAAAAGUUAUAUCUAUGCUUAUAGGAUUCUAAAAGUUUACAGUGUUAUUUAAAUCUACCAAUUUGUACUGUAAAUAAACUGCUUGUACAUUUCCUUUUACUUCAAGGUUUAAUUUGCGGUAAUCAUGGUCAAGUUUGUGAAAUAGUAGUUUGAAACAAUUAAAGAUAACUUCAAGCACAGAGGAAUUUUUACUUGUAGCAGGCCAUGUUUACCUUUUAAACUCUUUCAUUCCAUUACAUUUCAAUGUCACUUUAUCAAGGUUUAUAUUAUCAGUGUUAUUCUCAUGUCUCAUCUGUCAAUGCAAUACAGAAUCCAGAUGUCUGAAUAUUUCUUGAUGUCAUGGCUUUAGUGGUCUUAAUAAUAAUUACACAGUAUUCACUGCCAUAGAUAUUCAUUUGUACUAUGUGUUCUUAUUUUAUUUUAAAGUGUCCUUUACAUUUCAAGGAGAUCCCUGAAAUUGUACAUUCAGUGUUGGGGGUGAUACAUGUGUAUAUGUUCACUGUCUUUGGGGACUUUUUCUUUUUUCUUCCGUCUUAUAUUUGGUUUAGCUAUACUG